AUGACGCAGUUUUUGCCACCAAAUUUACUCGCGCUAUUUGCGGCAAGGGAUCCCAUCCCAUACUUGCCGCCAGCCGCAAAAUUACCACACGAAAAAAAACAGAAAGGUUACGAUGGAGUCGGCGCUUUUCUUAAUAUAUUUGAGAACCCAUCAGAAACCCCCCCACCAACUCGUGUUGAGACACGUGAGGAGCGCAUCGAAAGACGUCGUCGUGAAAGAGCAGAGCAGACAGCUUAUAAAUUGGAGCAGGAGAUAGCAUUGUGGGAUCCCAGUAUCAAUACUAAGGCCACGGGUGAUCCUUUCAAGACCCUGUUUGUGGCUAGAGUUAACUAUGACACAUCAGAAUCAAAACUUAGGAGAGAGUUUGAAGGUUAUGGGCCAAUUAAAAAGAUCAGCCUUGUAUUCAAUAAAGAAGAUGGUAAGCCACGUGGUUAUGCCUUCAUCGAGUAUGAACAUGAACGUGACAUGCACUCGGCCUACAAACACGCGGACGGAAAGAAGAUUGAUGGAAAACGGGUUCUUGUGGAUGUGGAGAGAGCUCGUACCGUUAAAGGAUGGCUUCCGAGAAGGCUUGGUGGAGGACUUGGCGGAACAAGACGCGGUGGCAAUGACGUGAAUAUCAAGCACUCGGGAAGGGAGGACAACGAGAGAGAGAGGGAGAGAUACCGACUGGAACAGCGCGACAGAGACAGGGAGAGAGACGAGCGGGUCAAUAGAGAGCGGGAACGUCCUGCCCGUCGUAGAACAAGAUCUCGUUCUCGUCGAAGAUCUACGUCUCGUACUCGACGACGGGAAAGAGAAAAGAGAGAGGAAGAACCACCGGCUGAGAGACGCCGUCGCCGUUCUCGCUCUCGUUCCGAACGGCGGCGCGAACGCCGCGACCGGGACAAAGACAAGGACAAGGAUAAAGAUAAGGACAGGAGGAGAAGGAGAGACAGGGACAGGAAGGAGACGAAAGUCAAGCCGGAGGAUAUUAAGAUCAAGGAGGAGCCUCAGGAUGAUUAUCCAGAGUUCUCGCUGCCACCUCUGGACAUGCAGAUCAAGCAGGAGCCUGAAGACGAGAAUAAAUAUAAUCCUGAAGAUGCCAACGGAGACGAUUAUUAUUAG